AUGGAUGCAUCUACUGAGAAGCCCGACUACGAAAACCUGGAGGUAAUCCAGAGAAACCGUCUUCCGGCGAGAGCUUACUGGUUACCACCAACUCACAUCCUCCUCAACGGAACAUGGGACUUUCAAUACGCGCCCACACCCCUCGAAGCAUCAGACUACCCCAAGGACUCAUCUUCCACUGAGGAAUGGUCUUCCAUCACUGUCCCAGGCCACUGGCAACUUCAAGGCUACGGACAUCCUCACUACACAAACGUUCAAUUCCCCUUCCCCUCUACACCACCAUUCAUCCCCACUGAAAAUCCCACGGGAACAUACCGACGCAAGUUUACGGUUCCUAGUGAUUGGGAUAGUGAGUCGCAGCUUAGACUUCGGUUUGAUGGUGUUGAUAGUGCGUAUCAUGUUUGGCUGAAUGGGCAGUUUGUGGGGUAUUCGCAGGGAAGUCGGAAUGCGGCUGAGUAUGAUGUUACGGGUAUUAUGAAGAAAGAUGGUGAGAAUGAACUUGUUGUGAGAGUUUAUCAGUGGUGCGAGGCGUCGUAUAUUGAAGAUCAGGAUCAGUGGUGGUUAUCAGGUAUCUUUCGCGAUGUCACGCUACUGGCUUUUCCAACAACUGCCAGGAUUGAAGAUUUCUUCGUCAAGACGAAUCUUGAUGAGAAAUACCAGGACGCCACUCUCGACUUCACCGCGACCGUGGAUCGCUCUGCCAAUUGUCCGCCUCUCGAGCUCGUUCUCGUUCUUCGCGAUGGUGAGACCGAAGUAGCCAGGACUCCAAAGGAUUUAUCCAACAAUUCUUCGUCGCAAAAACUUGAGAUUGCCGUCAAGAACCCUAAGAAGUGGACAGCCGAAAGUCCAUAUCUGUACCAGCUCGAAAUCACCCUCAUCGGCCCCAGCGACAAGGAACUCCAGAAAAUCACGCAAAACGUCGGCUUCCGCAAAAUCGAAUUGAAGAACAACCUCAUUAGCGUAAACGGCACACCCAUUCUCCUCCGCGGCACAAAUAGACACGAUCACCAUCCAAUCCACGGUCGCGCCGUACCCUACGACUUCGUCAAGCAAGACCUGAUCCUCAUGAAACAGCACAACAUCAACGCCCUACGAACAAGCCACUACCCAGGCCAACCUUGGCUGUACGAUCUUGCAGACGAACUAGGCUUUUGGGUCAUGGACGAAGCUGAUCUCGAAUGUCAUGGUUUUUACGACGUUGUUACGCAACAUGUUGAGCCAGCACCGUAUCUGGACUAUGAGGGAAGUAAAGAAGAGUUCUUUCCCAAGGCUGCGCAGUUUACUUCUGAUAAUCCGGAGUGGCGCGAUUCGUACCUUGAUCGAAUGGUGCAGAUGGUUCAACGAGAUAAGAACCAUCCGUGUAUCUUCUCGUGGUCGUUGGGCAAUGAGUCUUUUUACGGUGUUAACCAUGUCGCCAUGAUUGAAUACGCGCGAAGUGUGGAUGAUCGUCUUAUUCACUACGAAGGCGACAUCAAGGCUCAAUUGACGGAUAUGUACUCGUACAUGUAUCCUGACCAAGAACGUCUGUCGCGCCACGUCGAAUCAGACGGUAUUACAGAUGGCAAGUGGACGAAACCCGUUAUUCUUUGCGAAUACGCGCACGCGAUGGGUAACGGUCCAGGUGGUCUAGACGAUUACCAGGCCGCAUUCCGAAAAUACGAGCGUCUCCAGGGUGGAUUCAUCUGGGAGUGGGCGAACCACGGCCUUUUGCACAAAGAUGGGUAUUAUGCGUACGGAGGAGAUUUUGGCGAUGAGCCGAAUGAUUCUACAUUUGUUAUGGAUGGGCUUUGUGAUAGUGAGCAUAAGCCCACGCCUGGUCUUGUGGAAUUGAGGAAGGUGUUUCAGCCUGUUAGGUUUGAAGUUUUGGAUGGAAAGGUAACUGUUACGAAUGAGUAUGAUUUUAUUGGGUUGGGUCAUUUGGAGGGGAAGUUUGAUGUUGUCGCGAUGGGUGACAAAAUGACGGUGCUUAAGAGUGGCAAGGUUGACAUUCCCGACGUGAAGCCGUGGAAAACUGCUGAGCUUCCUCUCUCAAUUGAUCUCAAUCAAUAUCGCGACCAUGACGAAGAAGUCUUCUUGAAGAUUUCCUUCACACUCAAAAAUGCUGCUCAAUGGGCGCCCGCCGGUUACGAGAUAGCAUGGUUCCAGCACAAACUCUCCAUCAAUCAGCAACCCAGCAUCCCGGCUCCUGUCAUUACCACAGGAGAUGUCAACGUCAAGGAGACUCGUACCGAGAUGGAAAUCUCGGGCGCAGAUUGGACUGUCAAAUUCGAUCGCGUGCGAGGCUACAUUACAAAAUGGUCUGACCUUCUUGAAGUCGACGCGAAAACACGCGCAGCAAUUUAUCCUUGUUUCUGGCGCGCGCCUACGGAUAAUGACAAAGAUAGCGCUGUCGCUGUGUGGAAGGAUUAUGGUGUUCAUCGAAUGACAUCUCAAUUGCGAUCUUUCCAGUUGCAGAAAGAUAGCAAUGGAGUUACUGUCAAGACGGUGACGUAUCUCGCGCCUCCAGUUCUGGGAUGGGGCUACGACAUUAUUACUCACUACCACAUUUCUUCGUCGGGUGUUUUGUCAAUGAAGCUCAAUCUCACACCCAAAGGUGUUUUCCCCAAGGACAUUCCCCGCAUCGGUCUCAAUCUCCGCCUCCCCAAAACCUUCUCGGAGGUAACAUUUUUCGGUCGCGGACCAGGCGAAUCCUACCCCGACAAACAAACCUCCCAAGCAAUUGGAAUCUACUCAUCUACAAUUGACGCGCUAGAAGUACCGUACGACGUACCCCAAGGUAACGGUAACAGAAUGGACACGCGCUGGGUACGCAUCACAAACGCGCAAGGACGUGGAAUAAAAGCUACGAGACGCGAUGAAGCUACAUUCAAUUGGGCAGGCACAAGAUUGUCGGAUGAGACGAUUGAGAAGGCGAAACAUCCGGUUGAUCUCGUGAGGGAAGAAGCUACCCUGUUGAAUUUGAGUGCAAAGGUUGCUGGUGUGGGAAGCGCGACUUGUGGGCCUGGUGUCAGGGAAGACUUGAAGGUUAAGGUGGAAGCUACCAGUUAUGAAUUUGUUCUGGAAAGAGUCUAG